CUCUUCUUUUGGGUAAACACUCUCGGUUUCUCAAAUACAGUAAAUAUUCAUCUUCGUUUUCAGAAAGGAUCUUCAUUUUUACUCGUCUCCGGAUGCUUGGAAACAGAACUUUUCUUAAUAAAAAAGAAUGGGUAGGUCAAAGUCGCGUUCCAUGCUCUCCACCUCGUGUAUUUUUUAAUGGAAAUGUUGCUUACUGCGAAGAAAGAAGGCCCACUUGCAGCCAGAUCUUCCAAUCAAAAGUAAAAGGUCUUCUCAGUACAGGGACCCAUAAAAGCCAACAACAUGGACGAAGUCUUUCUCUUACUCGUUUUUCAGAUCUGGAACAAUGGCUUCUGCUCUGAGACUCUAAGAGAUGAGAAACAGAGGAAAGAACACAACUUUAGUUUCUUCUCUUCCUCAAAGCAGAGAGAGAGAGAGAGAGAGAGAGAGAGAGGAAGAGACAUGGGUCUUCAGGAAAAUGGAAACCCCGAUGGGUUAUCUAACCUUCCCUUGGGAAGCAAGAACAAAUACAGGAGGAUGGAUUCAGAUCUUCCAGAUGUGGAUGACCCCUCUUAUCAUCAUUGUCAACAGAGCCGGAGCGACAAUACCAAGAAAUACGUUAUAGCUUGCGCCAUCUUCGCCUCUCUCAACUCUGUUCUCCUCGGCUACGAUGUUGGUGUCAUGAGUGGAGCAAUCAUAUUUAUUCAGGAGGAUCUGAAUAUAACAGAGGUACAAGAAGAAGUUCUUGUUGGGAUUUUGAGCAUCGUUUCACUUUUAGGAAGUUUGGGCGGUGGAAGAACCUCAGAUGCCAUUGGUAGAAAAUGGACAAUGGCCCUGGCAGCUGUUGUCUUUCAAACAGGUGCUGCUAUAAUGACUUUUGCUCCUUCUUUCAAGGUUCUGAUGAUCGGAAGACUGUUAGCUGGGGUGGGAAUAGGCUUUGGAGUCAUGAUUGCGCCUGUAUACAUUGCAGAGAUAUCACCAGCCAUUGCCAGAGGAUCUCUCACAUCCUUUCCUGAAAUUUUUAUAAAUCUAGGUAUCCUUCUUGGCUACGUCUCAAACUAUGCAUUUUCAGGACUUUCAGCACACAUAAACUGGAGAAUAAUGCUUGCUGUGGGAAUCCUGCCUUCGGUCUUUAUUGGGUUUGCAUUGUUCAUCAUCCCUGAGUCCCCCAGGUGGCUGGUGAUGCAAAACCGGGUUGAAGAAGCAAGAACGGUGCUGCUGAAAACAAAUGAAAAUGAGAGUGAAGUGGAACAGAGGCUGGCGGAGAUACAAGCAGCAGCGGGAAUUGCUAAUGCAGAGAAGUAUGAAGAAAAGGGUGUGUGGCGUGAAUUUUUGAAGCCUUCUCCCUCACUUCGGCGAAUGCUGAUUACUGGUCUUGGAAUCCAAUGUUUCCAACAGAUCACAGGUAUCGAUGCAACUGUAUAUUACAGUCCGACCAUCUUUAGAGAAGCUGGAAUAAAGGAUAAUGGCCCACUUCUUGCUGCAACUGUUGCUGUUGGAUUUACCAAGACUGCUUUCAUCUUGGUUGCUAUCUUUCUCAUUGACAGAGUGGGAAGAAAGCCACUUCUGUAUGUGAGCACAAUCGGGAUGACUGUUUGUUUGCUUGCAUUAAGCCUUGCUCUAUCUUUAACGGGGCAUGGACAAGUUACAAUUGUGCUAGCGAUUUUGGCAGUUUGUGGGAAUGUAGCUUUUUUCUCAGUGGGAAUUGGUCCAAUUUGCUGGGUGUUGACAUCUGAGAUUUUCCCUUUGAGGUUGCGUGCUCAAGCAUCAGCCUUAGGGGCAGUAGGAAAUCGAGUGUGCAGUGGCCUGAUUGCCAUGUCCUUCCUCUCUGUUUCCCGUGCCAUUACAGUGGCAGGAACCUUCUUCAUCUUUUCCAUGAUUUCAGCUCUCUCUGUUGUCUUUGCUUAUAAAUUUGUUCCAGAAACAAAGGGAAAGUCUCUAGAGGAGAUAGAAUUGCUAUUUCAGAACGAGGGAGAAAGCAAAGCAGGUGAAGUGGAACUAGGAGAUGUAGAGCAUCUAGUGCAAAAAGAAUGAGCACUAAGUUUAGUUUGAUAGUCCAAGCAGUUAUGAAAGCAUACAGCUAGCUCAAAGAUGCCAGUUCCAUCUAUGUUUCAGAGUUUCUGCAUCUCCAAUGAAACUCCUACCACAUUUUCAUUGUGCAGGACUUGCAUCAGAAGUUUUGCUGCUACACCAUAAGAGAUACAUGACAUAAAAAGAUCCAGAAAUCAUAUAUUAUCCAAAUUACAUUGUUGUAAUUUAGUCAUAAGCAUACAUGAACUUAUUCAGAUUGUGGUGUACAAUUCUUCCUCUGGGGUUGGCAUGCCCCAAUAUUUAUAAGGAAUUGAGAUUAUAGUGCAUUAUUCUUUCUUGGUGCAUAGGAAUAAAGUUACAUGAUUUCUUUA